AGCUGAGCAGCUCCUUUCCAUCCUUCACGGCGCGGAGCUGUCCAGGAUCAGUGGUGCUGAAAUUGCCAGCUGCCGACGUUGGAGUCAUUUAUCCCGGUUUGAUCGCUCCUACCGAGCCUUUCGAAAGUUACAUGCGCUUUGGUUUCACUUGACGGAUAUUUAUCCACCGCUCUAUCUAAGAGCGCAUCUAAGCCUUCAACUUUUCAUCCGAUCAAAUAGAGAACUCUCGGACGCGCAGCCAUGGCUUUCAUGGUAAAACACAUGGUUGGAGGACAGCUGAAGAACCUGACAGGCGGACUGACGGAGGAGAAAGAUGAAGGGGAGAAAUCAGAAGCCGCCGCGCAGGGGAUGACACAAGAAGAAUUUGAACAGUAUCAGCAACAGUUAGAGGAGGAAAAACAAGAACGAGAAGCCAGUUUUGCCCAGAAGAAAGCUGAAAGAGCCACGGUCAGAAGUCACUUCCGUGACAAGUACAGACUACCAAAGAACGAGAUAGAUGAGACCCAGAUCCAGCAGGCGGGGGAGGAUGUGGUGUUGCCCACAGAGCUGGCCAAGAUGAUCGCUGAGGACAACCAGGAGGAAACACACAAGCAGUCGGUUCUUGGCCAGCUGUCCAAUAUCCAGAAUGUGGACAUCGACCAGCUGAAAGACAAAGCCCAGGCCACGCUGGAAGACCUCAAAAAGCAGACGGAGAAUUGCAGUCUCAUGUGAUCUGGCCAGGUUCCGGAAGAUUAGAGUUUUA